GCGCAAUACUCGGCCCACUUGUUAAACUUACCCAUAUAACCAUAGUAGUAUGCUCUCUAUUACAUGGACCGAGGUUAUCGUAUCUGCACAUCCUAUGUCUCUUCCGCCGCUAAGGGGUAUUCUGUAUAGCCACGGUUCUUUCCACGAUCACACCGAAGUUAUGUAGAUUAGGAUCGGGGUAAGUACCUGAUGUAAAUUUAUGACUUAGGUAGGCAUGGCAAAUUUCAAUACUAGUGAUCGCUACGUACUCGUUUAUGUAUUGUUUCACAAUUCCUCGCGUCCUUCUACAGUGUUUCUUUAGUUGAACCAGCUCUAACCGGCCGGAAUCCUACAAUUCCUUAAAGCCUAUCCAGUCUACUUUAUACACUGCAAACGAAAACGCUACACAGAGGAAUCAUGGCCAGUGAUAUCAAAGCAUCCGUCCUCCAUGGGGCGAGAGAUCUCCGAGUUGAAGCUCGACAGCUUUCUAAACCGGCCUCCGAUGAAGUCCAGGUAGCUGUGCAGAUGACCGGCCUUUGCGGCUCGGACCUGCACUACUUCCGACAUUUUCGGAAUGGAACGAUCGAGGUACGUGAGCCGAUAACGCUAGGCCACGAGUCAGCCGGCACCGUUGUUGCCGUGGGCGAGGGUUCUUCCUCCGCAAAAUCCUUAAAGGUUGGUGAUCGCGUCGCCCUCGAAGUCGGUCUGCCCUGUGAGGUCUGCGAUCUAUGUCGCGGAGGCCGUUACAAUAUCUGCCGCGGUAUGAGCUUUCGCAGCUCUGCCAAGGCUUUCCCGCACGCUCAAGGGACGCUCCAGGACAGGAUUAACCACCCGGCAAGAUGGUGCCAUAAACUACCAGAUACUCUAUCCUUAGAGCAUGGGGCCCUCGUAGAACCCCUGUCUGUUGCAAUACACGCUCGGAAUCGUGCCGGGCUGAAAUCUGGAUCAACUGUUCUGAUAUUGGGUGCUGGUACCGUAGGUCUGCUUUGCGCGGCAGUUAGCAAGGUAGCUGGGGCCAAGACCGUCGUGAUAGCAGAUAUACUCGAGGACCGUGUCAAGUUCGCCGUCGAUAACGGAUUCGCCGAUGCCGCAUUCACGGUACCGAUCUCGAACCCGAGACCCGAAACUGUAGAAGACAAAUUAGCAUAUGCGCAAGAUCUAGCCGAGAAAUUGAAGUCACUGAGGGCUAAAGGGGGAGCUGAUGUCGUUGGUGAAGCAAACGUAACCUUCGAGUGCACAGGUGUUGAGUCGUGCAUGCAGGCGGCUAUAUAUGCGACGAAACCUGGUGGUAAGGUGAUGAUUAUUGGUAUGGGUAUGCCGGUUCAGACGCUACCCAUAAUGGCUGCGUCUCUCAAGGAAGUCGACCUGGUCGGAGUGUUCCGAUACGCCAACGCAUAUCGCGAAGCCAUCGAGCUACUGGCCAGCGGGAACAAGGUGCUUCCUGACGUUCUGAAACUCGUUACUCACCGGUUUCGAGGCCUUAGCGAUGUUCCGGGCGCUUUUGACACGGCCGCCAAAGUAAAAGACGAAAAGGGGGACUUAGUUAUCAAGGUUAUGGUCGAUAUGUCGGAGUGGAUAACCCCUUUUAUUCAAGAUAGAUGAGCGGAAUGCCUUCUAAUACAUAAGCGCUCGAGAAGGUGGAUCUCCUAAUGGUCAAGAGCCGAACCUCGCAAGCUGUCUGCAACUCGCACUGGCUUACACUUCCGUCCCCCAACAAGGAUCCAUUGUGAGCAUCUUAGAAUGGUAUCCCUCUCACAAACACAUGUGUAUGUUUAUACGUAUGUCCCCCUUAUCCAAGCUUUAUACCAAACUUGUACGACCAUUACCCAAUAAACACUUAAGGAAA